GUGGCUUCAGGAAAGUGGGAAAAUAAAGGACUUUACCUAACACAGACAAGAAAAACAAGAGAUAGGAAGAACAGAAAGAAGACAGAAGAGCUGUGUUUAACAUUUCUUACAUUUAAGCGCCCAUAAGAAUCCACUCUCUCCGCCUCCCUCUUCCCUCCCUUUACUCUUCCUCCUCUGCCUUACCCAGCACUCUCAGCCAUCCAUGAGUGUGACCAACUCCUCUGCCUAUCGAUCGGAGCGUAGUUUCCACCAGACCUCAUCCUCAUCCUCUGGUAACCCAUACAUGGAGAAGAGCCGGGGACUGUUUGCUGAGGACUUUGGCUCCUUCAUGAGGCCUGGGAGCGACGCCUUGGGGUUUUCCAGUAGUCCUGGAAAUAUCAAGACUCUUGGGGAUUCAUACCAGUUCACGGUUGACGUGCGAGACUUCUCCCCUGAAGAUGUCAUCGUCACCACAUCCAACAACCAGAUUGAAGUUCGUGCAGAAAAGUUGGCCCAGGAUGGUUCAGUGAUGAACACUUUUACACACAAGUGCCAACUACCUGAGGAUGUGGACCCCACCUCAGUGACAUCAUCACUGGGUGCCGAAGGGACCCUAACGGUCAGGGCACGGCGACACCCGGCCAAACACGAGCUCGUACAGACCUUCCGCACCGAGAUCAAGAUCUAGAGAGGGAUCGGCUUUCUCAUCACAAACCUCUCACUUUUUUUGUUUUUAUGCUACUUCCUCAUUUCCUGUCUUCACUUAAACCAUUCUACUUUAAAUACUCAGACAGUUGUGCCCUAUAAAACAUGCCACGUCCAUCCUCCACAACUGCAACAAUGCCUGUUGCUGCUCAUUGAUAUUCUGAGUUAGUUCACCAUACGUACACAGCAGCAAUAGGUCAUACCUGCACAUAACCUAUUGCAACACAGGAGUUGGACAUGUACGGCAUUUUCACAUACACACACACACACACACACACACACACACACACACACACACACACACACACACACACACACACACACACACACACACACACACAGCAAUUAACUGAUCAGUUCACACUUCACUCCUGAAGACUCACCUCUGAAAUUGAUAGUUGCCACGUUACAGUAAUAAUAAUUUAUUGUAUAUUAUUAUUUGUGUGAAUAAAAUGAUCCUGCUUUGACAAUAAACAUUGGACAAUGUAUAAACCUUUUGA